AUGAAAAGAAAAAUAGAAGAAGAUAAAAAAAAGUGUCCUAGUGGUGGAGUUUGUAAAGUAGCAUCAUCAUCAUCAUCUCUUCUUGUUGUCGGACUUUUAACUCCUUACCGGAGGUGGAGUUGUUCUACCGGCCACCAAGACAUUCGCGGUUACUUAUCGCCACCACCUAUUCUGACCAUUCUCACAGUCGCACUCCACCAUCAUCCAUCAUUAUUGUUGUUCCCCUUCUUUCUCAUCAAUCUGAGUCGGACUCCAAAAACUGAGGUGGUGGUGUAUGAUUGUCUCGUGGCGGAGAGAUGCAACGCCUGUGAAGAAAUUGAACUCGCCGAAGAAGCAUUGCUCUUCUGGAAAAGCGACUCCCAAUUCCGACUCUCCUAUCCCAGCCGAUUCCGGAGAAGCAUUUCAUUUACUUCCAUUUAAAGGAGACCAGAGACGAUUUUUUGGGGGUUUAUUGAGAUUCUUUUGGUUUUG